UCAACGUCGUUUCUAUAAUCAGAACGUCACUGUUUACUUUCGUCUCUGACAAGCAAACAACUCUGUUAGCAUUUCAUUAUUUUAUUCUUACUUGUAAUUAAAAUAAGAAUGGGUACAUGUCUUGGAAAGAAAAAACCAAAACGGAACUCAGUUUGUCCGUCACCGGAAUACGGAAAUAAAUCUAGCAGAGUAACACGUAAAGCUCCGGAAGAUAUGAUCAAAGAUCUCGAAGAAGCAAAUGCUGAAGAUUCUAAACUAGGCACAGCUGGCGUUUCAUUCACUGUGGAUUUCCAGGAAGGGGAUCCAACAAGAAUGCCUUCAAGACUAGCUGACAGGCUUAAUGGAACUGUCUCACCAACCACGGGUAGCAAUGAGAUAACUUACACAGCCGAGGAAAGAGAAAUUAUGGCAGAAUUACUUCGUGAUGAUAUUUUGAGAGAGAGGAAGGAGAAAGCUGCAGCACUUACUGGUGCUAAAUCUUAAACACGGACUUCAGAUAUUGUGAAUCGAUUUUUAUGCGGACUACCCGCAUUCCUGUCUUUACAGCGGAUGUUGAGUGGAUCUUUUAUUUAUUGUUAUUCAACUUUGUUUGUCAAAUUAAUUUGAUUGAAAAUAAAUGAAAAAAAU